AGUAUCCCUGUAAUGACAAUAAUAGCCAAGGCGAAAAAGUCAUAAUGCCAACUGAACAAGUUGACAACAGACCUAUUCCACAAAUACAUUUGGAGAUACCAACACCCACAGAAACUUCACGAGAGAAAAUGACGGCUUUCCAUCCACCAGUUCAAAGAUAUAUUCAACCUUAUAACGUUGAACAUUCUCAGGAACCGGCAAGACAGCAGACAAAUCAUAGCAUGCAAUAUUUAAUGGCGUCACAGAACAGACCAAAAACCCCACCAAGUACGACUUUUAUUACACCAAGUCGUAUAAGUGGACCAAUCAUGACAGCAUAUCAAACACCACCAACCAGACAUUUGCUGAAACAUCCUAACAGGAAAAACAGUCCAUCAGAUGGAGAAUCGGACAGAUCGUGUGAAGAAGAUGAAAUUGACGUGGUAAAUGAUUGUAAAUCACCAGGCAAUUCCCGAGAAAUAGAUUCAUCCAUGUCUACCAAUAAUACAUCAGCACUUGAAUCUCCAUCAACCGGAAGCAGUAAUAAUUCAUCUCCAGCAUCCAACUCGACACAUAGUCCACUAUCGUCAGACAGCAGUGUCAAGAAGAAGGUCAGAACAAACUAUACACCAAGUCAAGUUCAAGCAUUAGAGAAAAUAUUCCAUGAAAAUCCUUACCCUGAGCCAGAGACGAUGGAGAAGUUGGCAAGUGAUCUUAAUAUUCCCGAGGCUAAAAUUAAGGUUUGGUUUCAAAAUAAGCGUGCAAGAUGGAGGAGACGUGCAGCAGAGAAUCCACACCCAGCUUACAUGACGCCGAUGUCACCGAUGAUGUCACCUAUGCAUGGAUCGUAUGGUCUGGUUCCACAUCAUCACCCAAUGCUUCAUGGAUCACCAGCACAAAUGGUACCGGGACCAUUUUUCUAUCCAAGCCAGGCUGUUGGAACGCCUGGACCUCAUUCAGUACCUAGCCAUCAUUUCGGAACACCAGGACAAACAGUGCCAUCGACACCUGUCAAUAAUAGUUCUCCGGCAUCAACGACGUCGUCGACAACGUCACCUGCCAACACGUCUGACAAUCAGAAUCAACAGUCACCUCAUAUGCAAAUGACACCGCCUUAUCAACAUAGACUUCCACCACACUUUUCUCCGUACAUGCCUUUCUCGUAUCCAUACGGAAUGUGUCCGCCAUAUUAUUGUUGA